AUGCAGUAUGAAAAGGAGAACAAGACCGCAGAGUCACCAACGCGCUCACUCGAGCAUGCGACUGACCUGGACCGACCAGUCUACGGCGAUGAUGUCCCCAUCGAGUGUCCUCCUCACACAACAGAGUCGAAGCUGAUCACCAAGAUCGACCUCCGCGUCAUCCCAUUCCUGUGUGUCAUGUACCUUCUGGCCUUCCUCGAUCGCGUAAACAUCGCCAAUGCCAAUGUGUUCGGACUAUCAAAAGAGCUCGAGCUGGACGGCACAUUGUACAACAACGCGCUCGUAGUCUUCUUCGUGCCCUACAUCCUCCUCGAAAUUCCCUCCAAUAUCCUCCUCAAGAAGUUCAAGCCUCAUGUCUGGCUCAGCAUCAACAUGUUCGGCUUCGGCCUCGUCACCAUGCUCCAGGGCUUCGUACAGAACUACGCCGGUCUCUGCACGACGCGAUUCUUCCUUGGCGUCUUUGAGACGGGCAUGUUUCCGGGAGCAUUCUACCUCAUCGGCAUGUGGUACCGUCGCCACGAAGCCCAGCGCCGCUACUCCUUCUUCUUCAAUAGCACCACCCUCGCCGGCGCAUUCGGCGGUCUCCUGGCGGCCGCGAUCGGGAAAAUGAGCGGCGUCCGCGGCUACUCCGGCUGGCGCUGGAUCUUCAUUCUCGAGGGUCUCCUGACCGUCAUCGUCAGCGUCUUCUUCUUCUUCUGGCUUCCCGACUUCCCCGAGGACGUGAAAUGGCUCAGCAAAGACGAGAAGGCCUUUGUCUCGGCCCGCUUGCGCGCGGACCAGGGCCGCUCUGCCGCCGAGCGCAAGAUCACAUUCCGCGACGUCGGAGGCAUCUUCAAGGACUACAAGGUCAUUGUCGGCGGCUUCAUGUACUUUGGUCUCAUUGUCCCAGCGUAUGGGUAUGCCUACUUCGCACCCGGCAUCAUCCAGACCUUGGGAUACGACAGCAUCCAGACGCAGCUGCACAGUGUGCCGCCUUGGGUUGUGGCUUUCGGUUUCUCGAUGAUUGUCGCCUUCAUCUCAGAUAAGACGCGUCACAGGUUCGUGUUCGCAAUCGUUGCCAUUUGUGUGGCCAUUGCUGGGUUUGCAAUCUUGAUUUCCGUCCACAACAACACGUCUGUCCAGUACGCGGCGCUGUUCCUUGUGGCGAUGGGCGCUUAUACAGCGAUGCCGAUUAUUGUUUGCUGGUUCAACAUGAACCUUGGUGGCCAUCACCGACGUUCGAUUGGAAGUGCAUGGCAGGUUGGCUUCGGCAACAUUGGCGGUAUCAUCGCUGUGUUUGCGUUUUUGAAGAAGGAUGCGCCAAAGUACAUCCCUGGCUACAGCAUCAGCAUCGCUUUCGUUAUCCUGAGCGGUCUUGCAUGUUUAGUCUACGCCAUUGGCUGCUGGUCUGCAAACAGGCAUAGAGAUCGCACUGCGACCGAGUCUACGUUGACGGAAGACGAGAAGAUGGAGCUGGGAGAUAUGUCUCCUGAUUACAGAUAUCUUUUGUAA